UAGUAGAACAUUGGAGAAACUUCACCGUUUCACCUAAAUUACACAUACUCCCCAUUUACUUCCCUCAUUAUUCAAUUUCACCCCAAAUUAUAUAUAUUUAUUAUCUCUUCCUCUUCCCAUAAAUAAAAUUUCCAAAAACUCAACCCCAUAUUUUGAUUCUGAUACAAGAUAUAAUGGCUACGCCUAAUCAAGAAGCAAUCGACACAUUUAUCAGCAUCACUGGGGCUACUCAAGCUCUUGCCCUUCAAAAGCUUGAGGAGCAUCAUGGUGAUCUUAAUGCAGCUAUCAAUGCACAUUUCAACGACGGCGAUAGAAGCACUGCUCGUGAAGCUCCUACUGUUGCCCCACAUGAUGAUCUUAUGGAGAUAGAUGAUCCAAAUGAAGUGGCACCUAGGAGAAAUCCUUUGUCACUUCUAUCUGAAGCUACUUCGAUGAACCCUUUCUCACUUCUUGAUCCCAAUUUUCGUAGCCUAUUUGAUGGUGGUUCCAAUUUUACAAGUCAUGCGCCGUUUGUUUCUCAUCCAAGAGAGAGGAGAGAGAUACCUAUAGAGGUCAAGGAUGAUACUGCUGCAUCUGGCGGCUCUGGUAGUACACCUAUCAUUGAGGAUGUAACUGGAACUGUGCUUGAACAUGGCCCCAUUGUAAGUGGAACUGUCAUAGUUGAUGAUGAUGAAGAUGAUGAUAUUCCGGCUAACCAAACUGGUAGGGCUGCAACAUGGACAGAGCAGAGAGGCGAUGUUUCUGCUGACAAUGCUCUUCAGAGACAUGCUAUACCUAGUGCUCCUGAUUUUGAUAAUGUUGCUGACUAUAGCAAUGAUAUAGAAGAAGAGAUGAUUCGAGCUGCUAUAGAGGCUUCAAGACGAGAGGCUGAGGAAGCAGAGCGAGAGAAAGCAUUGCGUGAGUUGAGGGGAAAAGUUGGAGCUUCAGAAAUUGGAGCUUCUAAACCAGAUGAAGUGGAGCUGGGAACAGUAAUGGCAUCAAACGGCAGGGUGAGGACUGGAAGCAUUUCUAUACAAGAUGAAGCUGAAGAUCUAGAGGAGCAACCCCUAGUUAGGCAUAGAUCAAGGCGCACAUCUUCUGGCUCUUUGGAUUCUUCCAGAGAAGUUGCGGCCGUUGAGGAUAGUCCGCCAUCAAGUCCUGGACAGAAUAAUUUAAACAGUCGUCCUCAGCACAACGGAAAUGCCUUCUCUGAUGAGUGGGGAGGCAUCUCUUCUGAAGAACAUGAUGAAGCUGUCAUGCUGGAAGCUGCAAUGUUUGGUGGGAUACCUGAAGAGACUGGAUAUCAACCUCCAUAUGCACCUCAUCAAUUCAUGCAAGCUGAAGGCCCUUAUUCACGGAGGACGCCUCGUCCUCCAUCACCAUCCUUGCAAGCUCAGCGUUUGAUCCGUGAACAGCAGGAUGAUGAGUACCUCGCAGCAUUGGCUGCUGACAGGGAAAAGGAGAUGAAGGCCAUGGAGGAAGCAGAAGCUCUUCGUUUACAGGAAGAAGCAGCUAGGAAAGCUGCUCUUGAAGAAGAUAGACAGAAAGAGGAGGAAUCUCGCAGAAAAUUGGAGGAAGAGCAGGAAUUUGAAAGACUGUUGGCAGCAAAAGAAGCUUCUCUGCCUCAGGAACCUCCAUCUGAUGAUGAGAAUGCUGUAACACUCUUGGUGAGGAUGCCUACUGGCGCUCGAUGCGGCCGCCGAUUUCUCAAGUCUGACAGUUUACGUUCACUUUUUGACUUCAUUGAUAUUGCAAGGGUGGUCAAGCCCAGUUCUUACAGACUGGUGAGACCAUACCCAAGGCGUGCUUUCAGCGAUGGAGAUAGUGAAUUGACGCUGAACGAACUCGGCCUUACCAGCAAACAGGAGGCUCUGUUUCUGGAGUUGAUCUAAAACUGAGGAAUCUGUCAAAACUGUAGAAAUUGCUGGUUUGAAGAUUUAUUAUUUUGAAAAUUUGAAGUGAUACAUCAAAAUGGGGAAAUUAUAUUUGGGUUCGGUACUGUUCGAAAAAUUUGAUGAAAUUUGAGUAGUAGCUGAAUGCAUUCAAUCCUACUCAAGGGGCAGUGCAAAGGAAUGUUCUUUUUUGUACAUAUUUAGUAAUUGAAAAUAUUAAAUUAUUGGAUAGAAUUUCUUCAA